CAGCGAAGUCCAAUAUUGAUCUUUUAGGUUAGAAGAUCCCAGUGGACGAACACCAUCAUCAUCAUCAUCAUUUUACCGAUUCUAUAUUGUAGCGGCAGCGGCGGUGGUGGUGGGGAUCAGAGCAGGAUCAACAUCGGCUUUGUGUUGCCGUUUGUACGCAGUCACACUACGGACAUUUUUCCGACUGUCUCUACUCCUCAUUAUUAAAAAAAAAAAACAAUUUUCCGUUUUUUUCGCAGCCGCAGCCGCAGCAGCCACAGCAGCAGCAGGAAAACCCGUCGACUGGUGCCGUAGUCGCAGAUGGAUUUAUCAUCAUAAAAGCGGUGUAUUACGGGUUGUAUUUGUGCGCGUUUUAGGGGCAGUGAAAAGUCCUUUUCGAUCUUUUAUUGCUGCUGUAUAGUGCUGCUGUAGCUGUAUAAUGGCUGUACCAGUGGCCUGUACUCGGUUCAGCGACAAUUACGAUCUCAAGGAAGAACUUGGCAAAGGUGCUUUCUCGGUAGUGAGAAGAUGCGUUCAAAAAUCGACCGGGCUGGAAUUCGCAGCGAAAAUCAUCAACACAAAAAAAUUGUCCGCAAGAGAUUUUCAAAAAUUAGAAAGGGAAGCUAGGAUUUGCAGAAAAUUACAGCAUCCAAAUAUAGUGAGAUUACACGAUAGUAUACAGGAGGAAAACUUUCAUUAUUUAGUAUUCGAUUUGGUAACCGGUGGCGAAUUAUUUGAAGAUAUCGUAGCAAGAGAAUUUUAUUCAGAAGCAGACGCGUCACAUUGUAUACAACAAAUUUUAGAAUCUGUAAAUCAUUGUCAUCAGAACGGCGUUGUACAUAGGGAUCUCAAGCCUGAAAAUCUCCUUUUGGCAAGCAAAGCAAAAGGUGCAGCAGUAAAACUGGCAGACUUCGGUCUGGCCAUCGAGGUGGCCAACGAGAGGCAGGCGUGGUUUGGGUUUGCCGGUACCCCCGGGUAUCUUUCUCCGGAGGUUCUGAAAAAGGAACCUUAUGGUAAACCGGUGGAUAUUUGGGCCUGUGGCGUGAUACUCUACAUCCUACUUGUCGGUUACCCUCCGUUUUGGGACGAGGAUCAACAUCGAUUAUAUGCGCAAAUUAAAGCCGGUGCUUAUGAUUAUCCGAGCCCCGAAUGGGACACAGUCACUCCGGAAGCGAAAAAUCUCAUUAAUCAAAUGCUGACCGUCAACCCGAGCAACAGAAUUACGGCCGCUGAUGCCCUCAAACACCCCUGGAUUUGCCAAAGAGAACGUGUUGCUUCAGUGGUUCACAGACAAGAGACUGUCGACUGCCUUAAGAAAUUCAACGCUAGACGUAAACUUAAGGGUGCUAUUUUAACCACGAUGUUGGCAACACGAAACUUUUCGAGCAGAAGUAUAAUCGUAAAGAAGGGAGAUGGAUCUCAAGUGAAAGAGAGCACGGAUAGUUCCACAACGAUAGAAGAUGACGAUAUCAAAGAAGACAAGAAGGGCGGAGUCGACCGUAGUUCAACAGUAAUUGCGAAAGAACCCGAAGGCGCCGGGACGCCGCCGCAGAGUCCCAAAGUAACGCCCACCACCGUCGGGUCGCCGUCGAGCAGCGUUGCCACCACCGCUCCGAUGAAUUUGGGGCAGGCGCUGUUGCAAAGUGUUCAAGGUGUGGACGCGGUUCAUAAGGAUAUCGAGAAAUGGAUCGAGUCUACUAUGAAAAGGGACGCGUUUCCUUUAAAGGACUCUGCAGAAGAUACCGUAGCGUACAAACGGUUGGAUUCCGAACCAGAAGAAAUACGGAUUGUGUGCCCUGACAAGCCUUAUUCUCAACUAUCAGCAAAUUCUCAAACGUCAGCUCGACGUCAAGAAAUUAUCAAAAUUACCGAGCAGCUGAUAGAGGCCAUCAAUACUGGUGAUUUUGAAGGUUACACGAAAAUCUGCGAUCCUCACUUAACAGCCUUCGAACCAGAAGCGAUGGGAAAUCUCGUGGAGGGAAUGGAUUUCCACAAAUUUUAUUUUGAUAAUGUGCUGGGCAAGAACUGCAAAGCAGUUAACACAACAAUUCUAAAUCCACACGUGCAUUUGCUAGGUGAAGAUGCCGCUUGCAUCGCAUACGUUAGGCUAACGCAGUAUAUUGAUAAACAUGGUCAGGCUCACACACACCAAUCGGAAGAGAGCAGGGUGUGGCACAAGAGAGACAACAAAUGGCAAAAUGUUCACUUCCACCGUAGCGGCGGAAACGGGGGCGCAGCUUUUGGUUUCAGUUCGCAGCAUAAAUAAGAAAAACAGCCAAAAAAAGACAAACUUAAGAACAUAAACAAAUGAAAAGCGAAGAUUACUGUCAAUACAGUUUCUUUGUAACUCAAUCCUUUUAACUCUCUUUGUCUCAGUUUCCGUUUUGGCGGAUCUCGGAGCUUGAAAUAUAUAUUGUCAUCGAGUAGUUAUAAGUACAGGGGGUGAAAGUCCGAAUUAUUAAAGGGGUUGGAAUUAAAUUUUAAGACUGGUAGAAAUUUAUCAUUUAUCGAAGGUAUUGUAAUAAGGCUUUAAUGGUAAUAUAUAUUUUGAGUUCUCGGAGAGAAGCAGAAUAAGCCGUGAUGCGUGAAUAGAUUUUUUUGUAUUCCUUUACUAUACACGGCGUCCCACGAUAAAUUGCUUUUCGAGAUAUUGAUCAGCGUACCUCGUCGAGGACGCCUUGUAUAAUACUCUGGAUAUCGGAAUACUAUCGUAUCUCCAAAUAAAGUUGUAUUUUUAGCUAGCAAUAUUUUUACCUUCGGGCAUUUUAAAAUAAAAUGUUCGAAUGUGUCUUAUAAAAUUCGUUCUUGAACAGUUUUGAUAACUUCCUCUUUCCUAAUUAAUGGCAAAGCGGAUGCUACCAAGACUUUAUUUGUAUUUAUCGCUGUUGUUGACACUACUGUUCAUCACACCAACAUAAUUGUAAGUACUUAUAGUAGAAUAUAAUAUAUUAGCCAAACAUUUUACUUAAUAAACGGAUUUAAAAAAAAAUAUUUAAAUAGCUUAAAAUGAAUUUUUUAAUGUCGUUAUUUUUGCUUAUAAUUAAUAUGAAGGAAGAAAAUAUUUUUUUUGUUUAGUUGAAUCAUUUCUAUAUUCACUAUAGACAUGAUUAUUUGGGAAUUAACGACCUACUUUCUUUAACAGAACCCAUGCAUUUAAAUAAUGCGAUAAGUAUAUUUUGAAUAGUUAUAUUUAUUUGAUAAAAAAACUGGUAGUUUUAGUCCAAGAAAGGCUCGUUAAUUUCUCUAAUGUAACAAAUUCUGACAUUUUAUUUAUAUACGGGGAGUUCAGCAAUUACAAAUAUCAAAAAGUAGGUUUUGAAAUAUUGGCAACAUUACAAAGUUAUAUAGUAGUCGAUGUUAAAAAAUGUUAAUUGUUACCUACUUUUGGAAAAAUUUGCUGAAAAAUUACCCUGUACUUAUAUUAAAAAAAAUUAUUAAAAUGGUUUGUACUUAUUUUAAUUUAUAUAAAU